GCUCCCUCAGUCCUCGCGGCACGCCGUUGCCUCUCUCCCGGAGAACGCCCCGCGGCCGCAGACCGUUCCCGGCGCCGGAGGCGGCGCCGCUCUCCGCGGCUAGCGCUCCGCACAGGAUCGCCCUCCGCGUGCCCGUCCCGGCCGCGCUAGGCGGCCCCACGGAGCUCCCGGGAGGGCCAUGGAGGCAGACGGGGCCGGCGAGCAGAUGAGACCGCUACUCACGCGGGGUCCUGAUGAAGAAGCUGUCGUGGAUCUUGGCAAAACUAGUUCAACUGUGAACACCAAGUUUGAAAAAGAAGAACUAGAAAGUCAUCGAGCUGUAUAUGUUGGUGUUCAUGUACCGUUUAGUAAAGAGAGUCGUCGGCGUCACAAGCACCGAGGGCACAGACAUCACCAUCGGAGAAGAAAGGACAAGGACUCAGACAAAGAAGAUGGACGCGAGUCUCCUUCUUAUGACACACCAUCACAGAGGGUGCAGUUCAUCCUGGGGACUGAAGACGAUGACGAGGAGCACAUUCCCCAUGACCUCUUCACAGAGAUGGACGAGCUCUGCUACAGAGAUGGGGAAGAGUACGAGUGGAAGGAGACUGCCAGAUGGCUGAAAUUUGAAGAGGAUGUUGAAGAUGGUGGUGACCGGUGGAGUAAACCCUAUGUGGCAACUCUGUCUUUGCACAGUCUUUUUGAACUGAGAAGUUGUAUCCUAAAUGGAACAGUCAUGCUGGAUAUGAGAGCAAGCACUCUUGAUGAAAUAGCAGAUAUGGUGUUAGACAACAUGGUAGCCUCUGGCCAAUUAGAUGACUCCAUAAGGGAAAAUGUCAGAGAAGCUCUCCUGAAGCGACAUCAUCAUCAGAACGAGAAAAGAUUCACAAGCCGGAUUCCCCUCGUUCGAUCUUUUGCAGAUAUAGGCAAGAAACAUUCUGACCCUCACUUGCUUGACAGGAAUGGGGAAGGCCUAUCAGCCUCCCGCCAUUCUUUACGAACAGGUCUGUCUGCCUCAAACCUUUCCUUGAGAGGGGAAUCGCCUUUAUCUCUUCUUCUCGGUCAUCUUCUUCCUUCUUCAAGAGCUGGAACCCCUUCAAGCUCGAGGUGUACCACCCCAGUACCCACCCCCCAGAGCAGUCCUCCUUCCAGCCCUGGCCUAAGUCGCCUGGCCUCCAGAAGUUCCCAACAGAGUCAACCUCAGGCCCCAGAACUACUGGUGUCACCCAACAGGGAUGAUAUUCCCAGAGUAGUCAUUCAUCCGCCUGAGGAAGAUGUAGACGCACUCAAAGGCCAAGAGCAGAAGAAUGAGGAAAAUUCUGACUUCACUCCAGGGAUUUUGGCUUCUCCACAGUCUGCUCCUGGAAACUUGGACAAUAGUAAAAGUGGUGAAAUGAAAGGUAACGGAAGUGGAGGAAGCAGAGAAAACAGUACUGUUGACUUUAGCAAGGAGUCUGCCUCCUGGCACUGUAGUUGUGGCACACUGGGUGUGGGACUCAAGAGGCCCGCUGUUGACAUGAAUUUCAUGAGGAAAAUUCCUACAGGAGCUGAGGCAUCCAAUGUUUUGGUAGGAGAAGUGGACUUUUUGGAGAGACCUAUCAUUGCCUUUGUGAGACUGGCUCCUGCAGUUCUCCUCUCUGGGUUGACGGAGGUCCCUGUGCCCACUAGGUUUUUGUUUCUUUUACUGGGCCCAGCCGGGAAGGCCCCACAAUACCAUGAAAUUGGCAGAUCCAUAGCCACUCUCAUGACUGAUGAGAUUUUUCAUGAUGUAGCUUAUAAAGCAAAAGAUCGAAAUGACCUCUUAUCUGGAAUUGAUGAAUUUUUAGAUCAAGUAACUGUCCUUCCUCCAGGAGAGUGGGAUCCUUCCAUACGCAUAGAGCCGCCAAAGAGUGUCCCUUCUCAGGAAAAGAGGAAGAUUCCUGUGUUUCCCAAUGGAUCUGCUCCAAUGUCUGUUGAGCCUCCUAAGGAGGCUGCUCAUCAUGCUGGGCCUGAGCUGCAGAGGACUGGACGGCUUUUUGGUGGUUUGAUACUUGACAUCAAAAGGAAAGCACCUUUUUUCUUGAGUGACUUCAAGGAUGCAUUAAGUCUGCAGUGCCUGGCCUCGAUUCUUUUCCUAUACUGUGCCUGUAUGUCUCCUGUAAUCACUUUUGGAGGGCUGCUUGGAGAAGCUACAGAAGGCAGAAUAAGUGCAAUAGAGUCUCUUUUUGGAGCAUCAUUAACUGGGAUUGCCUAUUCAUUGUUUGCUGGGCAACCUCUAACAAUACUGGGGAGCACAGGUCCAGUCCUAGUGUUUGAAAAAAUUUUAUUUAAAUUCUGUAGGGAUUAUCACCUCUCCUAUCUGUCAUUAAGAACCAGUAUUGGUCUGUGGACUUCUUUCUUGUGCAUUGUAUUGGUUGCAACAGAUGCAAGCAGCCUUGUGUGCUACAUUACUCGGUUCACAGAAGAAGCUUUUGCAGCUCUCAUUUGCAUCAUAUUCAUCUAUGAAGCUUUAGAGAAACUCUUCCAUUUAGGAGAAAUAUAUGCAUUUAAUAUGCACAACAACUUGGAUGAGUUGACCAGUUACACAUGUGUAUGUGCUGAGCCAUCUAACCCUAGCAAUGAAACUAUAGAACUGUGGGAGAGAAAGAAUGUGACAGCACACAGUAUUUUCUGGGGAAACCUCACUGUUUCCGAGUGUAAGGCCUUCCACGGGAUGUUUGUGGGAUCAGCUUGCGGUCCUCACGGGCCUUACGUUCCCGAUGUGCUGUUCUGGUGUGUCGUCUUGUUUUUCACGACGUUCUUUCUAUCUUCAUUCCUCAAGCAGUUCAAGACCAAGCGUUAUUUUCCUACCAAGGUGCGAUCAACAAUCAGUGACUUUGCUGUAUUUCUCACAAUAGUAAUAAUGGUUGCAAUUGACUACCUUGUAGGAAUUCCAUCUCCUAAACUUAAUGUUCCUGAAAAGUUUGAGCCUACUGAUCCAAGUAGGGGCUGGAUCAUCAGCCCCUUGGGAGAUAACCCUUGGUGGACCUUACUAAUUGCAGCUGUUCCAGCUCUCCUUUGUACCAUUCUCAUCUUUAUGGAUCAACAGAUCACAGCUGUAAUCAUCAACAGAAAAGAACACAAACUCAAGAAAGGAGCUGGCUAUCACCUUGACUUGCUCAUGGUUGGUGUCAUGUUGGGGGUCUGCUCUGUCAUGGGCCUGCCAUGGUUUGUGGCUGCAACUGUGCUGUCGAUAAGUCACGUCAACAGCUUAAAAGUAGAGUCUGAAUGUUCUGCUCCAGGGGAACAGCCCAAGUUUCUGGGGAUUCGUGAACAGCGGGUUACAGGGCUGAUGAUCUUUAUCCUGAUGGGCCUCUCUGUGUUCAUGACUUCAGUACUAAAGUUCAUCCCAAUGCCAGUUCUCUAUGGCGUUUUCCUUUAUAUGGGAGUUUCAUCAUUGAAAGGAAUUCAGUUUUUUGACCGUAUCAAAUUGUUUGGAAUGCCUGCCAAACACCAGCCAGACCUGAUCUACCUGCGCUACGUCCCAUUGUGGAAGGUGCAUGUGUUCACCGUUGUCCAGCUGACCUGCCUUGUCCUGCUGUGGGUGAUCAAAGCCUCUGCUGCUGCAGUAGUUUUUCCCAUGAUGGUUCUUGCGCUGGUCUUCGUGCGCAAGCUCAUGGAUCUGUGUUUCACAAAGAGGGAACUCAGUUGGCUCGAUGAUCUCAUGCCAGAAAGUAAGAAAAAGAAAGAAGACGACAAAAAGAAAAAAGAGAAAGAGGAAGCUGAGCGUAUGCUUCAGGAUGAUGGGGACACUGUGCACCUUCCAUUUGAAAGAGGGAGUCUUCUACAAAUUCCAGUUAAAACCCUAAAAUACAGUAUUGACCCUUCAGUUGUUAACAUAUCAGAUGAAAUGGCCAAAACUGCCCAGUGGAAGGCUCUUUCCAUGAAUACUGAGAAUGCCAAAGUAACCAGACCUAACACGAGCCCUGAAAAGCCUGUGAGUGUGACAAUAAAUUUCGAAGAUGAACCGUCAAAAAAAUACAUGGAUGCUGAGACUUCAUUGUAAAGUCAAACCAAAAGGAAUAUAUAGAGAUAAAUGCCUAUCUGUGUAUGUACGUACAC